AUGGAAUGCCAAAAACGGCAUAACGACAGGAGCCGUAUAAACAUAGAUUGCUCACAUGUGGAAACCGGAUACUACAAAGAUACGGUCUAUUGCCCUGAUGAAGACACCUACUUGUUUACAGAGGCGCUGCAAAUGGACGUCAAACAUCUCAUCAACCAACAAAUCAAUGUGGUACUAGAAAUCGGAUGCGGAAGUGGUUAUAUUUCAACGUACCUACUCAAGCUUCUGGAAGAAUUGAAGCACGGCAAUGCAAAGGAAUUUUAUAAUCAAACAGAUACAAAUGACAUAAACAGUCGCAAGGGAACAAAUGAACUAAACCCAUUUGUCAUCGCAAUAGACGUCAACCCCUUUGCAAACAGGGCCACAUGGACUACCAUGCAAAGAAAUGGAGUUACAGCUAUGGCUGAUACAAUCACCAUGGAUAUGUUCACAGCCCUGAACAAACAACGUAGUAGGACCAUGGUAGACGUUAUCAUGUUCAACCCGCCAUAUGUACCAUCAGAAGGUGGAGAUAACAGCAAUAAACAUAUAGACGCAGCAUGGGAUGGAGGAGUGAUGGGAAGGGAAGUCAUAGACAGAUUCAUUGCAGACGUUGGAGUAGGUCUGAAUGCAUGUUGCAGCACUAAAUCGGAUGUACAGGAAUAUUUAUCGCAAGAAGGAACGGUGUACCUGUUAGUUGAGAAACGCAAUGAUAUCAACACGGUCUUGAAAAUAGUUCAUCAAAGAGGAUUUGAUGCAAAGGUGAUCUGCUCGAAACAAAUACUAGGAGAAUGUCUCUAUAUCAUACGAUUUUGCCGGUCAUAG